AUGAAUUAUUAAUAAGACGAUCAAUAAUUAAUUUUUGAACAAUAAAGAUAAUUUGAAAACCCUUAAUUCUAUGAUGGAAUAAUUUGGGAUUAUAAAGAAAAUCCUCCCAGAAAAAUAAGAACAAAUUACUAAAUAUCAAUUACAAAGACCUUAGAAAUUUUAUAUCUAAGAGAUGGGUGUAUUAUGAGAAGGUAAUUAAAUACAUUAAUUAUAAUUUAUUAUAGAGAUUAAGUUAAAGACACUUCAAAUAAACUUGAAAUUUUAGCAAAUUUAGAAUAAAUAAAUCAUUUAAAGUGGAUUGGUGAUUAUGGAUAGAAUAAUUAAAAGAUUUCAAAAUGGAUUGCAACUUGGAAAGGAGAAGUUGUUUAGAAUGUCGGCGGUUAGUACAAUGAAUGUGGAAGAAAAGAAGGUUAAUGGAAAGAAAUAAUUUAAAAUUAUUGGGGGUAAUUGAAGAUGAUUUAUUUUAUAGAAAGGCUUAAGUUUACGAAGUGGGUAGAUAUGAAAAUGGAUUACGAUAAGGAACUUGGAAGUAUAUUUAUGAUGAUUAAGAGAUGUAUUAAAUCCAUAUUAAUAAAAAGUGGUGGAGGAGAAUAUAAUUUGUAAGGACUAAAGAACGGAAAAUGGAUGGAAUUGUGGGAAGAAUUUUGGCAUUUUUCAUAAGUAACUUAUUUUGGUGAAUAUAUAAAUGGUAUCAAAGUUGGUAAAUGGGAAAUUUGGUACAAGAAGCAAUAUGGAGAUUAUUAAAGUGAGAAGAUGUAAAAAUAUUGGGUGCUAAAUUAUUAUUUUGUAGUGGGGGUGGAUUCUAUGAUGAAGAAGGUAAUGGAUAUAAGAAAGGCAAAUGGGUUGAAUUGUAUAACGGAUUCUAUGAUUCAUCACCAAUAACUUAUCAUGGUGAAUAUAAAAAUAGUAAAAAAGUUGGUCGAUGGAAUAUUUAUUUUAAUUACGGAGAAAAUAAAGAGAUGUAAAAUCUAAUAAAAUUCAAUUUGUUUAGUGGUGGUGGAUCAUAUGACGAAAGAGGUGAUGAGAUUAAGAUUGGUCAUUGGAUUGAGUUGUCAAAUGGAUUCUUUGAUUAAUCACAAAUAACUUAUAAUGGUGAAUAUAAAAAUGGUUAAAAAGCUGGACGAUGGAAUAUUUAUUUUAAUUAAUAUGGAAACAAUAAAAUUAUGUAAAAAUAUAAGUAUUUCUUAUGCUUAGUGGUGGUGGGUAAUAUGAUGAAGAUGGUAAUGGAAUUAAAAUUGGUGAUUGGAUUGAAUUGUCGGAUGGAUUUUAUGAGUAUUCAUAAAUAACUUAUAAUGGCAAAUAUCAAAAUGGUAAAAAAGUUGGUCAAUGGAAUAUUUAUCAUACUUAAUUUGAAAAUAAAAAAAUUCUGUAAAAUUUUUAGUAAUUAAUUAAAUUAGUGGUGGUGGGUCUUAUGAUGAAAAAGGUAAUGGAACUAAAAUUGGUAAGUGGAUUGAGUUGACAGAUGGAUUUAAUGAUUAUUAAUAAGUAACUUAUAUAGGUGAAUAUCAAAAUGGAAUAAAAGUUGGUAAGUGGGAUAUUGUGUAUUAAGAAUAAAAAAUGUAAAUUAUGAUAUAAUAAUAUUUAUUUUAGUGGUGGGGGAUAGUAUACUGAAGAAGGCUAAAAGAUUGGUUUAUGGAUUGAAUAGAGUGAAGGAUUUAAAUAUGAUUCAUAAAUAACUUAUAAUGGUGAAUAUAAAAAUGGUUCUAAAUAAGGUAGAUGGGACAUUUUGAAAGAAGAUAAAUAAAUGUAAUCGAUAUAAUAUAGUAAUAUUAUUUAGAGGUGGUGGAUUAUAUGAUGGAAAAUGUGUUGGAAUUAAGAUUGGAAAUUGGAUUGAUUUGGAUGAGGAGUUUUAGGAUGUUAAAUAAAUAAUUUAUAAUGGAGAAUAUAAAAAUGGUAUUAAACUUGGUAAAUGGGAAAUAUAUGACAUUAAAGACAAUUAUAAACGAGG